ACUGACGUUUAUUGUUUUGAUUGGAUAUUUUCUCAUGAUCUCUCGAAUUCAUUAAAAGUUCUAAAGUUAUGUGAACAUCUGUCAGCGUUGAGUGGAGCUUUAAAAAAAUUUUACAAAAUUUUUGUUUCAAAUAUGUUAAACCUUAUGUAACUAAAUGUGUUCGCGUGAAAACCUAUAAAAAUGAUUGAACUUGAGUUAAAAGGACCAAUUUUCACAGAUAGGUGAAAAAUAAUGGAAGAAUAUGAAGAUGAAUCAGAUAUUAACGAACAAAUUUUUCAUAAUAACGUUAGAGAGCAAAUUAUUUUCCUUUUACUCUUCAUCCUCCUCUACCUGUUGAGUUUCGCGACGCUAUGUAGAUUCAAGCGUAAAGGCAGAGAAGAUUAUUUUAGUACCGACGAAGAUGAAAUUACCGUAUACAGGAUCAGUACGUGGUUGUGUUCUUUCUCUUUGGCCGUAUCUAUAUUGGCGGUACUCUUAUUGCCAAUAUCGAUCGUUUCAAAUGAAGUAUUGGUAAAUUAUCCCAACAGUUAUUAUAUAAAAUGGUUAAAUUCGUCACUUAUCCAAGGUCUAUGGAAUUACGUUUUUCUAUUUUCAAAUCUCUCUUUAUUUAUUGCUUUACCCUUCGCUUACCUAUUCAUCGAAUCCGAAGGAUUUUUCGGUCAUCGUAAAGGAUUGAUGGCUAGAGUUUACGAAACUUUCACCGUCCUCACUUUAUUAGGGCUAGUCGUAUUAGGAAUGACUUAUGUGAUAGCUGCGCUUAUAGAUAAAGACAAAUCGAGCAUUCAAACUAUUUUAAGUUUCUGGACUUAUUAUUUGCCAUUUUUGUAUUCCUGUAUAUCUUUUUUUGGGGUAUUGAUGUUAUUAGUGUGCACCCCUCUUGGUUUCGUGAGACUGUUCGAUGUUGUCGGUCAGUUUCUCGUCAAACCUCAGUUCCUUCGAGAUCUCAACGAAGAAUAUUUCGCUUGCGCCUUAGAAGAAGAAUCUCUACGUAGGAGAUUCAAACAAGCUCAAAAGACUGGCAAAUCGUACGUUGAUCCUGCUCCGAUGGCGUUGGAAUCGGAAGUACCGAUAAAGGACAUCGAUUACGAAUUACCAACUAACUUAUUAAGAUUAAAAAACGGAGAGUUACAAUUUGGUUUGGGUAAAAGACUGAAAGAAAUUGAGAAUAGGAGAAGCGUAUUGGAUAAACAAAGGCAGACGUCUUCUUUUAGAAGGAACGUCGUUUAUCCCGUUGCAAUGUUACUUCUUCUCGGUUUAACCGUUAUAGCGGUUCUUCUGGUAGUACAAAACACUUUAUCGCUACUUAUAGGGAUCAAAGCUUUACCCAUUAGCUCAAAGCAAUUUACUCUAGGAGUAAGUUCUUUAUCGAAGCUUGGUUUAUACGGAGCCUCGUUGGAAAUACUAUUGAUAAUUUAUUUAAUAGUUACUUCGUCAAUAGGACUUUAUACCGCCCCUUGUAUGAAAAAAUUUAGACCGAAGCCUAAAAGUACACCGUUUAGCCUCGUUAUUGGAAACUGCGCUUUGCUUGUCGUUAUUAGUUCGGCUUUACCGUUAUUAUCGAAAAUUCUAGGUAUAACAAAUUUCGAUCUAUUAGGAGACUUCGGAAGCAUAGAAUGGUUGGGAAAUUUCAAAAUCGUACUUUUGUAUAAUUUGCUCUUCGCUACUGCUUCCACCCUUUGCGUCGUUAACAAAUUUACGGCGAAAGUUCGUCGCGAACUCUACAACCGGUUAGUUGAGAAUUAUCUGUUUCUUGCUAACUGCGUCUCAUUCAUCAACUAAUACAUCAACAAUAAUUGUGAAGAACAAAAAAAAUUCCUCGAAUCAAAAGUUGUCCAACAUCAACGAAAUCACGAAUUUCCGGUUGGAUAAUUUUUGUUCCGGGAUCAAAUGUUUCGGUUACGGUUUGAAAAAUCAUUUGCAUCAUCAUUUAUUUAUGAAAAUCCUGUUCCGGAACGUGCUUUUUCACUUUUCUGUUUGUACGGUUGAUAAUUUUUGAAAAAUCUUGUAAAAAGAACCGUUUUUUUAUUUUUUUUAUUUUUCAUAUUGUAUCAAAUUUUUUUAAAAUUCGAUAACUCUAAACUAAUAAGACUGACUAUGUAUAUAAAGAUUGUCUUGAAUCGAUUUAUAUGUUGGAAAAAAAAUCGAUGUUAUAAGCGUUGUUUUUUUUAUUAGAUUUAAAUAUUUACAAUGUUUUUUUCUAAUUUAUUUACACAGGUCAACAAAAUCAACAAAAAAUUUAUAUAAGAGUUUUUUUACUGAUAUUUUAUUGAUUCCAUAGUUUUCGAAAUGAUUUUUAAUUUUUUUGUGAGACGUACUGUAUACAAUGGAAUAAUUAGUACGAUUUGUAUUUACCUCGAGGUAUUUGUGUAUGGGUAUUUUAAAUCCUUGUUGGAGUUUUAAAAAUAUAUCCGAUUGUGUAAUUUAUGUCCUUAAAAUGUUUUUGUUUCAUUAAUUUAUUGAAUAUUUUAUGUCAAAUAUAUGAAAAAAAUUUAAAUGAUUAUUUUUCCAAAUGUUGAAUUGAGACUUUUUGUUCUAUUUAUUCCAUUUUUCCAAUAUUUUCCGUCACUGUCCAUUUCUUUCAUAUUUUUUCUUUCUUUUGUAUUAAUUUUUUUCUUUCCUGUCCCUGACAAGUACUUGAAAAAUUUAUCCUUAAUUUCAUUUUGUUUUUUCUAUUAUAUGGAAAAUAUCCAAAGAAUAACCCGAAGGAAUCUUUUCGGGUAUCGGAUUGAUACUUUUUACUCUGUCUUACUCACUUCUUCCAAUAUUUUCAAUCCCUGUCAGUUUCUUCAAGAUUUUGCCCUAAAUUUUUUGUUUUUUUAUUCAAUUUAUUAAAUUCUAUGGUCUUAAUUUUUUUCUUUUCUAUCCUUGACAAGUACUUGAAGAAUUUAUCCUUAAUUUCAUCUAGUUUUCUCCAUUAUAUGGAAAAUAUCCAAAGAAUAACUCUAAGGAAUCUUUUUGGGUAUCGAAUUGAGACUUUUCGUUAUGUUUUGCCUAUUAAGCAGAUAGGCCUUCUGGUAGUCCUAUUGUGCCAAUUUCUUGUCUUAUUUUCACUAUAUAUCCGAAGAAUAACUCAAAGAACUUGAAUAAUUUAUCCUUAAUUUCAUCUUUUCCAAUAUUUUCUGGUCUCUAUCCUUGUUUUACUCCUUUUCUUUCAUUACAAAGUGAUUUAAUCAUCUUUAACUAUAUUUAAUAUCUUACUGUUUUGUAAGUGAUUUUUAUCACUUUUAUUGCUAUUUCGAUAUUUUUCAUAUUAUUUCUUAAUACUGUGUCAAAAGUCUUCUUCGGAUCUAAGACUCUCAGUUAUAUUUCUUCUCCUUAUCAUAUUCUUUUUGUUUGUUUUGCUUUCGUUCCAACUUGUGCUCUUGUUUUCCUUCUUUGUCCUACUACUGGUGUUUGUAUACCUUUCAACUCCAUUUUGAAUAAUUUAUUUUAUUCUCUACGCUCAUUCUUUUUAUAUUUUCUUGUUUCCAUAACAUCUCCAGUUUUUAUUUUCAUUUAUUAUUUAUAUUCUUCUUGUUUUGCCAGAAAUGUUCUGUUCCCUAUUUUUAUUUUUCCUCCAACUUUUUCUUUAUCUUUUUACACUAUUUCUUCUCCUCUUUCUAUUUGUUUUGUUUAUAAUUGAUACUUUUUUUUACUCAUACUCUAUCUAUAUUUCUGCAAUUUCAUAAAUCGUUUAUUUUCACUCUUUUUCUUGUGUUAUUUCCAUUCUUAAUUUAUUUUUUCUUUCUGGGUGUUUCUACUAGUUUUCCUUGACUUUUUCUCUCUUAAUAUUUAUUUUUCCAUAUAGUCUUCGUAUUAUAUUUUAUAGAACUUCUUAUUUAUCAUCUACUGCCUGUACUACUAAUUUAUUCUUAAUUUCGUUUUAUUUAAUUCAUUAUUUUCUUUCGAUCUUCAAUUUUCCUCUUCAUCUUCAGUUAUCAUCUUUCUAUUCUGAAUUAUUUGUCGAUUUUUUUUACUUUUGUGUUUAUUUUAUUUUUUCAUGUAGUAAACAGGAUUUUUUUCUAUUCCUUCCACAUUAACAUCAUAUACAAGUAUUUUAAAAAAAAUUUUUUUCCAUAGUUGACCUGUGAUGUUAUUGGAAUUUUUUAUUUAUUAUGUAUUUACGUAAAAGACUUGCUAAUUAUAAAUAUAAUAAUGUUUUAUAA